CUUCAGUGACAGCACCAGGAAAGGUCUCUACUGGUCCAAAUGGCACGCAUCCCAUGUGUGGCAUCUUUCUUUCUCUUUCUGACUAAACUCAGCUUUGGCCAGAGAGAAGUAACAGUUCAGAAAGGACCACUAUUUAGAGCCGAAGGUUACCCCACCAGCAUCGGCUGCAAUGUAACUGGCUACAAGGGACCUUCCGAGCAGCAUUUCCAGUGGUCUGUUUGCCUAUCGACAGCCCCGGCCCGCAAAGUUCAGAUCGUCAGCACCAAGGAUGCCACCUUCACUUACGCAGUGUACACACAGCGGGUACGAAACAGGGAAAUCUACAUCGAGAGGGUUCGGGGUGACUCAGUCUUCUUGCACAUCUCCAAGCUCCAGAUGAAGGACUCGGGCGAGUAUGAGUGUGACACACCGAACACUGACGGGAAAUACUAUGGGAAUUACAGUGCAAAGACUAAUCUAAUUGUUAUUGCAGAUACCCUCUCUGCCACCAUGAGUUCCCAGACUCUCAGGAAGGAGGAAGGUGAGCCAUUAGAACUUACCUGUGAGGCAGCCAAAGCCACAGCUCAACAUACUCACCUGUCCGUCGCCUGGUACCUGAUGCAGGAGGGAGCAGGAAGUCAAGCCGUGAAGAUUAUCUCCCUCUCCAGAGAGUUUAUGUUGACCCCCGGGCCCUCGUACAAAGAGAGGUUUGCAGCCGGUGACGUGCGGCUGGACAAGCUUGGGGCCAUUACCUUCAGGUUGUCCAUCAGGAGCCUGCAGCCCUCAGAUCAAGGCCAGCUGUUCUGUGAGGCCGCUGAAUGGAUUCAGGAUCCAGACGAAACCUGGACUUGCAUCGCGAAAAAGCAGACAGAUCAAACAGCUCUGUGGGUCCAGCCGGCAGUGAGAGAUUUUCAAGUCAACAUUACAACUAAGAGCACAUUUAUCGCGGGAAAACCCCUAGAACUGGUUUGCUUGGUAGUGGGCAGUGGCCGGGACCCACAGCUUCAGGGUUUUUGGUUCUUCAAUGGCACUGAAAUGGCUGUUAUGGAUGCUGGUGGAGUUCUGGUCCUGAAGAAAGACUACGAAGAGAGAGCAAGUCAAGGACAACUCCAGGUUUCAAAGUCAAGCCCCAAGGCUUUUUCUCUCAAGAUCUUCACUGCAGGCCCAGAGGAUGAAGGCGCCUACAGAUGUGCAGUGGCAGAGGUGGCUAGAGCUCAGAUGGGCUCCUGGCAAGUGCUUCAGAGAAAGGAGUCACCAGAAAGCCAUGUGCACCUGAGGAAGCCAGCAGCGAGAAGUGUGGCUGUGUCUACCAAGGACAAGCAGCAAGCAGUAUGGGAAGGAGAGGGACUAACCCUUCUCUGCAAGGCAGAUGGAGCAGAAGGUCUGCUGUCUGUGAGCUGGUGGCACAUCCCCCAGGGCCAGACACAGCCAGAGUUUGUGGCUGCCAUGGAGCAGGACGGUACCAUGCAGCUGGCUGCCUCCUACGGGAAACCCGAUAACCACGGCAGCAUAAGGCUGGAGAAAAGGGCCUGGGACGCCUUCCAGCUGGAGAUCACGUCCACUACCGUCACAGACAGUGGCACCUAUGAGUGCAGAGUGUCUGAGAAGACCCAGAACCAGGCCAGAGAGCUAAGCUGGACCCAGAAGAUACCGGUCUCUGUGAAAUCUCUGCAGUCAAGUUUACAAGUUAACCUGAUGAGCCGUCACCCACAAGUGAAAGUAACCCACCCCUUUGACCUGUCCUGCGUAGUGGUGGCUGGCUACUCCGACCUUAGGAUGCCACUCACCGUGACGUGGCAGUUCCAGCAAGCUGGGUCUCAAGUCAUUCACCAGCUUAUUCGCAUCACCCAUAAUGGCACUAUUGAAUGGGGGAAUGUUCCAUCCCAGUUCCAAAAGAAGACAAAGGUUUCACAGUCUCCACUUCGUUCUCAACUCCUAAUCCAUGAUGCCACUGAGGAGGAGGCGGGGGUGUAUCUGUGUCAAGUGGAAGUUUAUGACAGAAAUUCCUUACGCACAAAUGGGCCCGCGAGGGCUUCUGCCAUCUCUCACCCACUGAGGAUCGCCGUCACUUUACCAGAGAGCAAGCUGAAAGUGAAUUCAAGCAGUCAUGUCCAAGAGAUCUCCAUCAACUCCAACACUGCUGUGGAAUGUAGCAUCUUGUCCCAGUCCACUGGAAACCUUCAGUUGGCCGUUAUUUGGUAUUUCUCUUCUGUUUCCACUAAUAAUACAUCUUGGUUGAGGAUCCUGGAAACGAACCAAACCAAUGUUGUAAAAUAUGGGGACGAAUUUCACACCCCACGGGAAAAACAAAAAUUCCACGCCAAGAAAGUUUCCCAAGACUUGUUUCAGCUGCAUAUUCUGAAUGUGGGAGACAGUGAUCAGGGCCAAUAUCGCUGCUCUGUGCAAGAAUGGCUCUUGUCUGCAGACGGCGCUUGGCACAAGCUUGGAGAAGAGACAUCAGGUCUGAUGGAACUGAAACUCAGGCCCACAGGAAGUAAAGUACGCGUCUCCCGAGUGUACUGGACAGAAAAUGCUACCGAGCACAGAGAGAUGGCCAUCCACUGCAGCCUGGAGAGCUCCGGCAGCUCGGCCUCCCUGUUCUCUGUGAUGUGGUACCGACACAGAGAAAAUUCUGGAAGUGAAAUGCUGGUGCACCUGCAGCAUGAUGGCUUGCUGGCGUAUGGUAAAGAGGGACUCCAGCGUCACCUGCACUGUUACCGUUCGUCCCCGACAGACUUUGUCCUGAAGCUUCACCGGGUGGAGAUGGGGGAUGCUGGAAUGUACUGGUGCAGGGUGACAGAGUGGCAGCUCCAUGGCCCUCCAAGCAACUGGGUCAACCAAGCAUCAGAUGAGUCACAGCACAUGGUGCUCACGGUGCUGCCUUCAGGAGAAGGUGAGAGGAAUGGUGUCANCUGCCCCUUCCUGGUGUUCAUUGUCCUGCUCGGUUCCCUCCUCUGCUUAUACUGGAAGGCCAGGAAGUUGUCAGCACUGAGUCUAAACGCCCAGAAAGACAAGGCUUUCUGGAUGGACUUGACAGGGGCUACAGACAGGCCCACCGACAGAAGGGGAGAGGAAGAGGGAGAGGAAGAGGGAGACAACUGAAUCCUAGAGGCACCUGCAACACUGUGGGAAAAGUGCGGACUUUGCACUUGGGCUGACCGGGGUGUGAGCGAACCCUGGUUCUGCCCUUCUCUGUGCUUGUGGCCUUGGGUAAGUUACCUAGGAAUCAGAGGGGACAUUUACUGAGCACGGAUGUGGUGCCGGGCACUGCUACGUGUGUCUGUGUGUGACCUCAUCUACCCCUUGCAUCCCUCCCAGGAGCUAGAUGGCAUCAUUACCCUGUUUUCUGUUCAUCACGCCUCCUGGAGGCUCGGGUUCCCCAUUUGUGGGGAGAGAAGUCCCGCCCUUCCGCAGCCUCUGGGGAUUAAACGAGACCCUGUGGCCAAACCCGGGGGAGACUUCCCUCUCUGCUCUCCUCCUCUUACAUCACCGAUUCCCUGGAAAACACCAGCGUCCACGCUUGUUCCAGGUCGUCUUUUGCCUCCAGAUAAGAGGAGUAAGAAAAGGCCUGAUGUCUGCAACGCGAUGCCCUUCCUGCCAUCAAAUCUGCCUCCAAAAAAAAAAAAGGUGACUUCCUCCAAGACAGAAAUCCAGUUUUCUUCCUCUAUCCCAUCUAUAAAUGCCACUCAAGGGCAAGCUCUGUCUGCAUAGUAGGCCCUUAAUCAAUAUUGGUUCUUUGAUGAAAUAUAAAGCAUUUUGUAGCCUGAGUUUCUUUCUUUCUAUUUCUCUAUAAGACAUACUAAGUCAUUGCUAAAGAAAACUUUUUUUUUCUUUUUUUUUAAAUUUUGCAACAGUGCUCCAGUCAGCCCUCCACUGUCUCAUAUUCCCCCUUCCUCUCGACACCAAAAGGGCCAUCUGGCUCCUGGUGCUUAGCCAAAGCUUUAUUCUCUUUGACCUGACAGUGCUAGGUGUUAGGAAAGGGUGUUGUGGCAGUUAUUUGGGGGAAGAGGGGUCAACAGUGCUGCCAUCCCCUCCCCCUCCAGCAGGAGCUAAGAGUUCAGGGGGAGCAGUGGGUCAAGCAUGGUUCCUCAGUAUCCCCUGUUCUCAGCCAGGAGAAGUCCUGGGGGUGGGGGUAUGGGCAGUGUCAUGGCUUAAGGCUUUUAACAACUGUCCCCCAGGAGAUAACAACUGACCCCUCUGGCCUGAGGUCCUUUCACCUUUGUUUCAAAAGCUGCUCAGGCUCUGUCAUAGGCAGCAAUGAAAAUCAAUCAGUGUCACCUAACAGACUUGAGAAAACACCUCUAUUUAUUAUCUAUGUGACCAACAGCAUUGCUUUAACACUCGGUAAUUUGCAUUUCCACGGAGAGCAAUUUAUUUUUAAUUAUUUUAUCGGGCGAAUGCAUCCUCUCCAAACAUAAUUAGUUCCUGUGCAAGGGGAUUAUUGGUGGCUAUGAGAACUCCCACAGUAGACCUACCUACCAGUUCCUCCAAUCCAUCUUUCUUUAUGGCCUCAUUUGAGAUACUCCAAAUGUUUCCUUAAACUUGGCAACACAUUAGAUUCUUCUCUCUCAGGCGAGGGAGUACAUUUGUCAGAAAACAAAGCUAACCGUUAAGACUUCUUAGAACGUAUGCUUACCUCCUCCCACUCCCUACCCGUUUUUCUAGAAACCUGCAUUUUAAUUGGAAUAUUGAAGGAAGGAGAGUAGAACAGAACCCAGCCAGAGAAUCAGAAUCAAUUCUGGGGCUGUGCCCUUCCCCUCUUCGCCUGGAUACCGCCUUCAACUCUUAGCUCCACCACCCCUUUUUCGUGUUUAAAUCCAGCACAGAGAUGCACAGACCAGACACUCAAAUUUCCAGCUGCUCCCCACAGAGCAGAUCUUGGGAAUGACCGUUUCCCGGGGAGCAGCCCUUGUGGGCACUGGGGUGGGUGUGAGGGGUCCAGUGGUGACUCAGGCAGACACAGGUCCGCUUCUCUGGGGUUGUCACCUUGUUUGUUCUGUACCCUUUCCAUGGGAUCUGGAGCUCCUUAGAUUUUCUAAGGAGCCACAUUUACACUCCUUUGGCCCAUAGUAAGUGUUCAGGUGACUAAAAGCCCACAGUCUUCUUUUUUCUUUUUGAAACUUCUAGAAUAAAAUUUGUUUUCACCCAACUCAGUAGAUAGUUACAUGAAACCUCUUCUGGCUCCAGUUACGUAUGUGUUCAUUUUCGUUGUUAAAACUUAAUGGAGAACUUCCCUUGGACGCGUUGAUUUCCACUUACCUAUCCUGUGUCACCACCUGGUUUUCCUUUGAGCUUCUUGUGUUAUAAAUCCUCCUUGGUGACAGGACAAACCUCUGUCUCAGGAGAUGGCUAUCUACACAGCCCCAGGGCCAAAGAUGGUCCACCACCGUCUGUUUUUUUAAAACGCUGAUUGUUGGAAUACAGCCACUCCCAUUUGCCUACGUAGUCUCUGUGGCUGCUGUCCUGACAAUUUGGUAGAGCUGAGGGGUUGCCACAGAGACCGCGUGACUGCAAAGCCCAAAAUGUUUGCUCUCUGGCCCUUUAUGGAAUAGUUUGCCCACCGUGCUAUUAGUGGCUGAUGUUCUGUCUGUCUUAGCCAGGUAUUAUAUUCCUGGGAAACUUGAUUUGACUUGUUAUAUCUGUGUCCAUUAUAUAUCUGAUUAAUAAGUAAUCUUAAGGACCGGCGGAGUGGCGCGAUGGUUAAGCCCUGGCUUGGGACGCCAGAGGGCCCCGGUUUGGAUCC